AUGCAUCUUUACCCUCCCUCUGGAAGAGGAGGUGCGAUGUACCGAAAACUCGUUCAAGCCUACCCCCAAAGAGAACGGUCCCUUGACGCUAUCUAUGCCAAUGUCCUCGACUACAAGUCAGCCGCCAGGCUUGCAAGGAACGCAAACCGCGACAAGGCUCUCCACCAGUAUGCCAGUGACAGCAUAUCAAACCAUCCAGAAUGUCACUCGUAUCUACAAGAGUCGGUGAAUCGCAUCAAGAACGGAGACACUCUUUCUGAGGACCAAUAUGCCUCAUUCAAACAACAGAUCAAGACUUACCCUGCUGUUAUCCGCGAAGAACUCAAGCCUGAACUUGUCAUUUUUGAUGAAGCAGCUACCAUGGAUGAAGCGUCGCUAUUCAUCCUCAUCGCCAAUACGUGCCCAACCCACUAUAUAAAGUGCGAUGGUCCUCAUCUGGAUCGCAUCCGUCGGCCAGCACGUUUGAGCGUUAGGUCUUUUACGUUUCCAACGGCCAAAUCUUCUGAUGCCUUGAGGAAGUCCCAAGAAGAGAAGCCUUCGGACGAUGAGCUUUUGGCCUCAAGCUAG